AUGCCAACCCUUGAUGAAAUCUUAGAGAAUGUUGGAGAAUUUGACCGGUUCCAAAAGCAAACCUUUUUUGUCCUGUGCUUGCUCUCUGCUGCCUUCACCCCUGUUUACGUGGGUGUCGUCUUCUUGGGGUUCACCCCCGAACAUCGCUGCUUCAGUCCCGGCGUGGCUGAGCUGAGCCGUAGCUGCGGCUGGAGCCUGGAAGAGGAGCUACGCCACACGGUUCCCGAGUGGGGGCAACACGGCGCCUCUUUCGCGAGCCGCUGCAGGCGCUACGACGUGGACUGGAACGCCACCGGCCUCAGCUGCAGCGAGCCCACCGCCGCCUUCCUGGGGCACGGCAACAGCAGUGCCGUCCCCCUCACCAGCUGCCGGGAUGGCUGGGUCUACGAGUCUUCGGGGUCGUCUAUCGUGACCGAGUUUGACCUGGUGUGUGAGGAUUCCUGGAAGCUGGAUCUCUUUCAGUCAUCUGUGAACGCUGGGUUUUUUAUUGGCUCUGUAAACAUUGGCUACAUCGCAGACAGGUUUGGCCGUAAAUUUUGCCUCUUAACUACGAUACUUGCAAAUGCCUUUUGCGGAAUUCUUCUGGUCUUCGUGCCCACCUACCUGUGGAUAUUGAUAUUCCGUUUCCUGCAAGGACUGGUCAGCAAGGGCUGCUGGACCGCAGGCUACAUCCUGAUCACAGAAGUUGUUGGUCUGAGAUACAGGAGGACAGUGGGGAUUCUCUAUCAGGCGGCCUUCUCAGUUGGACUCCUUGUGUUCGAUGCCAUUGCUUAUGCAAUUCCUCACUGGAGAUGGCUGCAGCUCACUGUUACUCUGCCAAGCUUCCUCUUCAUGUUCUUCUACUGGUGCCUCCCAGAGUCUCCCAGGUGGCUGAUAUCUCAAGGGAAAAAUGACAAAGCUAUGAAAAUUGUUAGUGAUAUGGCCAAAAAAAAUCGGAAGAAGAUGCCAUCCCAUCUUGAGGAUAUUAAAUUUGAAGAGGAAGAUGGUGGAAAACAGACCCCUUCACUCAUUGACCUUGUUAGGACACCGCAGAUGAGGAAAAAUACAUUCAUUUUGAUGUACAACUGGUUCACGAGCUCCAUCCUCUACCAGGGGCUCAUCAUGCACAUGGGAAUAGCUGGUGGGAACAUGCAUCUGGAUUUUCUCUAUUCUGCUCUUGUUGAGUUCCCAGCUGCCAUCAUCAUCAUCAUCACCAUUGACCGUGUUGGGCGACGCUACCCGUGGGCUGCGGCAAAUCUGGUGGCUGGAGCAGCCUGCCUUGUUACUGCUCUGAUCCCAGAGGACAUACAUUGGCUAAAAGUGAUCGCCGCUUGCAUUGGGCGAAUGGGAAUCACGAUGGCUUUUGAAAUGGUUUGCUUUGUGAACACUGAACUGUAUCCAACAUAUAUCAGGAACCUUGGGGUAAUGGUCUGCUCUGCCUUGUGUGAUGUUGGUGGAGUUGUCGCCCCCUUCAUUGUCUACAGGCUGGUGGAAGUGUGGCAGGAGCUGCCACUGAUAGUCUUCACUGUUCUUGGUUUAAUUGCGGGUGGAUUGGUGUUGCUUCUACCUGAAACUAAAGGAAGAGUUCUGCCUGAGACUCUUGAAGACGUUGAAAACUUGCACAGGCAAGGAGCUCCAAAGGAGAAACAGAUCUAUCUCCAUGUCCAGACAUCAGAAGUAGUACAUGAAUGA